CUUCCGGUCACGUGAUUGGUUAAUAGAAGAGGAGGGGUGGACUACAGCUUGGGGAAAAACAAGGGUGUAACAGGAGCAGGCCGCGGCCUCCAGGAUGACGAGUGUGCUGUGCAGGCGAGCCGGCCGGUGGAUCAGAGCGACUCAGAGCGUGAGGUCACUGAGGUGUUUCUCCACCGCUGGAUCUUCAGGAUCAGACGAGCCGUAUGUAGCGGUUUCAUCUCACACUGCAGUAGGCCCCAGAACAGUGUGGCCCGAUGAGACCAUGGGUCCUUUCGGCCCUCAGGAUAAACGCUUCCAGUUGCCGGGUAACGUGGGUUUUGACUGUCACCUGGGCGGGACGGGCGAGGAGGAGCGGACAGCACCGACCCAGCGCACGGUUCCUGACGUCCUCACGGCGCCGUCCAACAGCGAGAGACACGAGUUCGUACUGGCGCAGUUCAUCACCGAGUACCAGACCAAAGAGGCGUCAGUAUGGACUCAGAGAGUCUGCAAAGCGGAGGAAUAUUUUACUCACUGCGAUGUGGAGUGCUCUAUGCAUUCCUGUCCUGAGCUGCUGAAACAAGAGCUAGAAUCAUUUUUUCCAGCUCUUCCUGUCAGUGCCAUCACUGUGGUGACGAUAAAGCAGAAAAAACCAACGACAGAGACAGAACCAGAACCGAACACACAACAGCUGCUAGAUAAUUUUAUUAACGGUGCUAAAGAGAUCUGUUUCCUGUUGUGGAGAGGAGGAUACUGGGCCGACUUCAUCGACCCCUCGUCUGGGAGAGCCUAUUUCGGCACGUGGUCACAUGACCCGGUUCUCCAGGCGGAUCGGCGCCGUCACUCCGGGUUCCACAUCGAGGACGUGGCGUCCUGCAGACUCACCGUUCACGUCCUGAGCGACGCGCGCGCCUUCACGGGGACGCUGAUCACCAGCGCGCCGUCCGGCAGCCUCAUCAUGCGGCGGCUCAGAGGACACACACCCGACUGAGACGCCACACACACACACAAACACACACUCACACACACACUCACACACACACACACACCUUCGCAACGUGACGGACGCUAAUGCUAACGCAGGCCUGCUGCUGUCUUAUUACUUGAGUUUGGGGAGAGGCUUAAUUCAAACCGUUAUUUAUUUAUAUGCUGAUGUUUCUGUGACACGUGGCUCUGAUUUAAAGGGUCACGUCACCCAGAUCUGCUCACAGUGAGCAUUACGGAUAUGCUAGAACUGAAAUCGACCCAAAAUUCUACUUUAACAAGGAGCUAGAGUGUGGAGAGAUGUUAAACUAAUGCUGACUGGAUUGGGGUGAGGUAUCGCUUUAAUAAAAAGCCUGAUCAGGGUGAGGAGAGAAACACCACGAACACCUUUAUAACUUGAAUGCAUUUGAGAUGAAGUGAAAUUGUGUUCUGGAUGAAUGAUAGUGUAGUCCAGGGAGAGAGAAAUUGUACAAGUCACACAGGUGCUAAACUGUUAAGAACAUUAUAUUGCCUGAGACAAUUUCUUAAAUAAAUAAAUAAAAUAAAUAAAGGAUUCUA